AUGUCAGAUUCAUUUAAGGUAGUAAAUUAUGAGAGAGAAUCUAAACAAUCUUUUUAAGAAUUUUUACAAAUGCAUCUUAAUGAACCAUAAGAUAUACAAUUAACAUCUCCAACUUAAGAGAAUAAUUAUAAUUCCACAAAAUAAUUAGCUAUAAAAAAAAAUAUAAAGAGAGAAGAAUCAGAACCAAGUUUUAGAAUUAUUGAAUAACCAAUAGAUAAUAAUGAAAAAAAUCUUACUUCUAUGUAAUCAAAAAUCUAAUUACUUAUUACCGAAAAUUCAAAGUUAAUUGAAAUAAACUCUGGUUUAAUGAGAGAAAUAGAAAUUAUGAAACAAAAUAAUUAAUCAAAUCGAACACUCUUAGUAUAAGAAUCAUAAUAAAAAUUGAUGAAUUAUCAAUAAAAGGUAGUUUAACUAACUUAAGCAAAUGAAUAAUUGAGUAGUAGAUUAAUUGAUGAGUAAUCAAAAAAUAAAAAAGAUAUUGAAUCUAAAUUCUAAUAAAUAUUAUUAGAAAACAAAAAUCUAAAUGAAAUGCUAUAAAAAAGAUUAAAUGAUAUUGAUAUGUUAAAUAAUUAAUUGUUAGAAAAGAAUGAUCAAAUUGCUUUAAUAAAUGAAGAAAUUAAAGCUGUUAAUGAGUAAUUAUAGUAUUUUUUUAUUAUAGAAAAUGUAUUGUAUUGGAAUAAUAAAAAUAAGUCUUGAUAGCUUAAUAAUAAUAAUAUACUGAUACAAUAAAAGAAUUUUAAAUUAAAGAACAAUCAUUUAUACAGUAAUUAUAUUAAGAAUAGGCCUCUUAUUAAUCUUGUAUAGCAAAUCUAGAAUAAAAUUAUAAUCUAUAAAUUAGCGAAUUAAGAAAUUCUUUUUUGGUAAUGAUUAUAUAAUUUAUAAUAGAAAGAAAUUGAAUAAUAAUAAGAAACUAUUGCUUAAUAAUAUUAAUAAUAUUUUAAUUAACAGAUUAUUGCAUUUCAAUAAUAGAUCAAAGUAAUAUAGAAAGAAAAUUUAUAAAUGAAAGAUGAAUUAACUGAGAGAUCAAAGAUAUGGUCAUAAGAAAAGGAAAGACUUGAAAAUUUUAUUAAAAAUAUUUAAUAAUAGAAAGCAAAUAGUUAGGAAUCAAUUUAAUAAUAAGUCAAUAUUAAUAAUCAAGUUCAGCAAAAUUAAAGUUUACUUUAAAAUUAAAAAUAAUCAUAAUAAAUAAUUUAGUAGCCAUAAAUCUAAAUUUAAUAAUAAGUUUCCUAAAUUUAGAAUUAAUAAAAUUAAGUUUAAAGUAAAUAACAAUUAUGUUAAGAGUAAAUAAUUUAAUAACAGUAAGAAUUACAAAAAUAAUAAUAUUAUUAAGAGAUAUUAUAAAUUUAGUAAUAAUAGUCAUAAUUUCAAUAGUAGAAGGUAAUAUAAUAACAAUAAUAAGAACAGAUUUAAUGUAAUUAAACUCAUCAUUAAUCAAGUAAUUACACAUUUAGAUAAAAUACACAAGAAGAUUCAAGAGAAAUAAGUCCUGAAAAAGAUGAUAUAUUUUUAAAUUACGAUUAAAAACCUAGAUUACAUACUGAAAGUUAUGGAGAUAAAUAUGAAAAAACAUUACCAUAAAGGGCUCCUUUGCAUGUUAAGAAUUAUAGAGUUCCUUAAUUAAACACAAUUACAAGAUAUGAUUAAAAAUUAUACAAUGUUGGAGUAAAUUAACCUUAUUAUUAUUAAAAUUCUCAAUAAAAAUUUAUGAUUAAUAGAGAUCCUCAAUAUUAGAGAUCACAUUCUCAAUAUUAAGAAAGAGAUGAUAAACCAAAGAGUUAAUAAUAUUAAAAUUAAAAUGAAGUAUAUUUGAUGGCAAAAAGAUAUUGA